AUGGCGCGACGGUACAAGAUCGAUGAGCUGUUAUGGCUGCGCUCAUCGCCUCUCGUCGCAAAACCUCCUGGCCUACCCCCCAUUGAGGAAUGGAUGCCUCAACCCGACCCAACCACCCAGCGCAAACAACAAACUACUCGUGACCCGAAUAACCCAUCUGAAACCACUUCAAACAGAAGACCUAGCUUUUUCGAACCUCGCCAUAUCUCACGGGGCUCCAAUUCAGAGGAUGUUCUCCUUACCUCGCCCAAGAAUGUCUUUGCGUCAUCUAGAAUGGGUAGCAAGGGAUCGCUCGACAUGACAGAUCGGCCAGUGCGAUCGGGCAACCCAGAUGACAAGAUUGAUCGAUUCGCCUUCAGAGACCGCCUUUUCAAGGACCGAGAUCCUGUGGAGAGCGAUGGAAGACCGGGAGGUCUGAACGGCCGCCGUGGAGAUAAGGAGGAUUGGAAUGCUGGACGGCCCCGCCGCACUUUUGGUCCCGACGACCAAGAGCGCAAACCCCGACGCAACGGAGAAUUUGACCGAUGGGAUAACAGAGAAACCCCGCGCGACACCAACGAUGAGCGAGGAAACCGAGACAAAGAUGGCCGCUUCCCACCAAAGAAGGACGGCCAGCCGGGACGCUCUAAAUUCGAAGGUAGCUGGUUCCGUAACGAGAACACUGCCGACGGCCCUGAUGCCGAUGAUGAUAAACCACUACGCAACCGAGAAUGGCGCCGUGACCGACACGGUGCAGACCGCGAGUGGAACCGCGGUGCUAAGUUCGAUCAAGAGCCCGAAUGGCUGGAUAGUAACGAACGAGAUGAGCCACGACGAGCACACACGCAGGAGGAUUUCCAGCGCUGGAAAGAGCGCAUGAAGGCGGGCUCUGGCGCUGCUCAAGCCCCGGCGCAGGAGGAGAAGAGAGAUGUGCCCGCCGAAUCAUACACUGCUGCGCAGGAGCCCGAGCCUCACCACACCGACGGGUCGGUCUUCAGCAAUGAACGAAGCGGCCACUCCGCUGCUCCAUUCAUGGCGGAUAAUUCCAUGGACCGCUUCUUCGGCAUGCUGGGCGGAGAGAAGCCGCCUGCCCAAGAUGUUGCAACCCCGAUUCCCGUCGAAUCGGCCGCGAAGAAUCAAGUCUUUGCUGGCAAGCCCAGCAAGUCAUCUCGCUUUGCCGGACUGUUCAGUCCGCCGCCGGAGAGUCCUUCAAAGGCUCCCGAGUCUCCUGCGAUUCCUAUGGCCUUCGCUGGAGGCGCUUCCUCCAACCCAGACCGGGAAGGCUUUGACCGCAUCAUUGCGAUGCUCGGUGCUGGCGGCGGUCGAUCUAACAGUGGCACUCCCAACCAGACCAAUUCGUCCCAGCAGUCGCGGCCAACUUCGAUGGUGCAUGCUGAGCAGUCUCGGAAUAUAUCAUCCCCUGCCAGAGAGUCUUAUCCUCGCCAGGACUACGCAAGUCCCGUGCACGAGAACCCUCUUGCCCACCUUGCAGGGAAAGAGCCCCAGGCCCGUGAGAGAGAGCAUUUGCUCCGACUCAUGCAACAAGUCCGCGUCGGACCAGGCCCCUCGGGCAACCUAGCCCAGCAGUCUCCGAAUGCUGCCGUCGCUCCCCCUCCAGGUCUGAUGCCUGAAAUGAUGCCUCGCCCUCCUCCUGGGCUGGUUGGUCCCCAGAAGACUCCGAACUUUCUGGACGACCCCGCCAUCGCCAAUAUGCAGCGGCCUGACAGCGAGCAGCUUCGCCGACGAGCCCCCAAUGGGCCUCCCAUGGGAUACUUUGAUGAUGUACCCUUUCCCCCUGGACCCCAGGGACCUAUUACCCCCGGUGGCUCUCGCCAUUCACAGGGUCCUAAUCAGCCUCCUAUGCCUCUCCAGCGACCCCCAGGGCUUGAACACUUGCCGCCUCCUGGAUGGACCGGCCAGCCUCCGCCUCAGCAAGGCAAUGGACUGAGCCCGAUGGGUCAUCCGCCUGGAAUCCCCACCCCUGGCCGUGGCAUGAACCCCAAUUUCCCACCAGGCAUGAUGCCGAUGCCCGGAAAUGUACCUCCACUCAACGAGCGACAGACCUUCCCUCGUGGGCCCCCGCCGGGUAUGAUGCCCCCGCCCGGAUUCAUGGGCGCUCCUCCACCUCCGGGCUUCCCUCCCAUGCCGCCCAACCCGGAAGCCAUGAUGGGACUUGGCCCUGGAGGCCAAGGACCAUUUGGACCUGGCAACCCUGGACCCCAGGGACCUCCCCCUUCAUCCCGGCACUUGUUGGAGAUGUUCGGCCAGUCUAACGGAGGCGACGGCCGCGGGGGCAUGGUUGGCCCGCCUCAAUUCCGUUGA